AUGGAGAGCUUGAAUUCAGUUGUAGGCAGCAAUGAACAAAUAAAGGAACCAUAUGUUAUAAAUGCAUCGGACAGUGAUUUUGGGGAAGAUGGAAUGGACGAAGUUAGCUCGAUUCCUUUUCAAUCACCAGGUGGUGGUAUGUAUUGGAAACCUCGGGUUGAAGCUGAAUUUAAACCUUAUAUAAACCAAAGCUUCCGAUCACUAGAGGAUGGUAUAGAGUUUUACCGAGAGUAUGGACGUAAAAGUGGGUUUGAGAUCAGACGGCAUACAGAGAAGAAACAUGAGGACGGUACAGUUCUUCUUAAACACAUUGUUUGCAGUAGAGCUGGCAGUAAUGAAUCAAAGAUGGAUGUUAAUUUUGAGGAUUUUAGUAGCAUUUCGAAAAAGAGAAGGAGAACUGUAUCUAGUAGAUGUGGUUGCAAAGCUAAAGUCGUUUUUAAGUUUGAUGGUUUGAAAGGAUAUAAUGUUCUCUCAUUCGUUGAGGAGCAUUCUCAUUUUUUGGUCUCCGGGCCUAACAAAACAUAUAACUUUGCUAAGGAGUUGUGUGGAAGUUAUUCUAAUGUUGGUGCUUUGUGUACCGAGUUUAAAAAUUGGAGUAGGGAUGUGAAGCUUUAUAUUGGUGAUCGAGAUGCUCAAAUGAUCAUCGAGAAGUUCACGGAUAAGAAGGAGAUGUGUGAUGGAUUUUUCUAUGAUUAUGUAGUCGAUGAAGGGGGUCGAUUAACUCGUAAGAAGGAGAUGUGUGAUGGAUUUUUCUAUGAUUAUGUAGUCGAUGAAGGGGGUCGAUUAACUCGCAUCUUUUGGGCAGAUGUUAUUGGACGAAGAAAUUACGAUGUAUUUGGAGAUAUGAUAUCAUUUGACUCUACAUAUUCCACAAAUAAGUACAACAUGAAGUUUGUUCCAUUUACUGGUCUCGACAAUUAUAAGAAGUGUGUUGUAUUUGCAGCAGGAUUGAUAGCUAAAGAGGACAUUGAUAACUAUGUCUGGAUUUUUGAGGUAUUCAUGAAAUGCAUGAUUCGCGAGCCAAAGUGUAUUGUUACAGAUCAGUGCCUUGCUAUGAAGCAAGCUAUACCAACCGUCUUUAGAGAAGCACGUCACCGUUUGUGCAUGUGGCACAUCAUGAAGAAAUUUAACCAAAAGUUGGCAAAAUGCAUUUCGAAGUUGGAUGAUUUCAAGAGGAAGAUCAAUGCACUGAUUUGGAGUAUAGAUAUAGAUCCAGCAACAUUUGAAGUUUUCAAGAGGAAGAUCAAUGCACUGAUUUGGAGUAUAGAUAUAGAUCCAGCAACAUUUGAAGUAGGUUGGAAAGAUGUUAUGAAAGAAUAUAGUAUAGAUAUAGAUCCAAAACAUUUGAAGUAG